AUGGCAUACAAACCACCACCACGGCCAGAUGCCAUCAUUAUAGCUCGGACGGGAGAUAUGACCUACAGCGAUAUACUAAGGACCGUAAAAAAGGAAGAGGCGCUGCAGAAACUCGGCGAGAGCGUAUCACGCAUCAGAAAGACGGUCAAGGGUGAAAUACUGCUGCAGCUUAAGGAGACGCAAAUAAAGGACACGGGCGAACUCAAGAGCAAAAUAGGUAGGCUUCUAGGGGACCAGGCACAGAUCAGAGCCCUAACCCACGAGACGAUGGUAGAAAUCCGUGACCUGGACGAGAUUACCACCAAGGAGAAUAUUGCCGAGGCCAUCCGCAACCAGAUAAAGGAGCUAAACCACCUUAACGAGAGUGCGAUAAAAAGCAUCAGGGCGGCUUAUGCGGGCACACAAACCGCGGUGGUAAAUCUCCCAGCGCAGGAGGCAAGAUUACUUCUUGACGCGCAGAAAAUAAAGAUAGGAUGGGUUGUGUGCAGAGUAAGGGAGAAACCGAACCCCAAAAAAUGCUUCAGGUGCCUGGAAUAUGGCCAUAUAGCGAGAGACUGCAAAAACGCGGAAGACAGAAGUCAAUGCUGCCUAAAAUGUGGAGAAAAUGGACACUUUGCGAAAGCCUGCGACAAAAAGCCACACUGCAGAGCAUGCAAAAACCAGGGAAGAAAGAACACCGAGCACCAGAUAGGUAGUUGGAGGUGUCCGCUAUACCAGGAGGCGUGCAAGAAAUCAAGAAAAUGA